AUAAGGUUUGUUAUCCACCGAUUUUAAUUGUGCGCGCUGUUGGAUAUUACUGGUUGUUUUUCAUGGAUAGUAGCUAGUUCGUUACUCACUUUUAAUGUAUCCUUCGCGAAUUUCUGUAAGUCUCGUCUUCCAAUUCGUUGUCACUCUGCAUGUAGUCUUCUUCUCAAAGCAACCAGCAUACAAAAUUUUCUGUCCCGGAAGCUUGUGACAAAAUAAAAGAUGAGCUUCUGGGUCUACAAACUCAGUACCACAGUUUAAAAUGUGAGUUCGAAAAGGCAGUUCAGGAAAAGUCCGAGUUACAACGUCACUACCUGCUGUAUUAUGAGAUAACUUAUGGACUUAAUGUCGAAAUGCACAAACAAAUGGAGAUCGCGAAACGGCUGAAUGCUAUCCUGGUGCAAGUCAUCCCAUUCCUAUCUCAAGAGCAUCAAUCUCAGGUUGCUGCAGCAGUGGACCGCGCAAAGCAGGUUACUUUAUCGGAACUUAGUAGCAUCAUAGGGCCACAAAUGGAUGAGUCUAAGGGCCCGAAAUUCCUGAAUGGUACUCUUGGCUCCCCGUUUGACCAAAUGGACUUUUUUAAGACUAUGCAACAGCAACAAUUACUGAUGAAUUCUGGAUCUGGGGGACUAAAUAGUGGGUUCCCACACAGUCUCAUUCCACCGUCGUUAGGGCAGUUACCGUCCGAUAAUCCCGUUCUACCCAUAAGCGGCUCCAGGGGAGGAGCUCAAUCCACUCCAUCUUUAACUAGCCUAAGUGGGCUCAAUGCACCUCCAUGCACUGGAAUUAAUAGUUUGAAUAGUGGACUCCCAGCUCUAAAUAACAAUACUGCUAAUAAUUUGCUUUUACCUCCCAAUCCAUUUCUACCACAAAUGACCAGUUCAGUUACACCCCCAACUACAAAUACUAACCCUGUUGGGAAUCCUAGCAUUUCUGGUGUUCAGUCAUCCCUUUCUGGUAUCCCAGGUCCUAAUAAUCCGGCUUUCUUUUCUGGUCUUGCCCAAUCUCACCCGGCAGUUGCAGCAGCAAUGGCUGCAGUAGCUGCUGCAGGAUUCCCUCCUGGUAAUACGAAUGCUACUAUGAAUCAGUUAUCCAGUGGCUUACUUAGCAACAAUAGUCAUCCUUAUUCUCAAAUCCCUGCUCAUAAUAAUAAUAUACCAACUUCAUUUCCUCCUGGAACUAGCAAUAAUCUAGUGGGUACUUCAUUGCCAUCAUCUAUAUCCUCCAAUUCAUCUUUGGCGACCUCAUCUUAUCAUGGUCCUUCUGCUUCUGGGGCACAUACACCGUUCUCACCCACCUCUACUUCUCUCUCUAACCCGAAUGCUCCAAGACCAUUAAUGUUCCCAAUGGAUGGAGUGACUGGUCAACCACCGUUUCCCCCAAUGAUAUCUCCAGCUGCACUAUCUGCCAUUAUUAGUGAUAAGAAUUUAGAUGAAAAACAAAGAACAGCAGCUGCCGCGGCAAUGGCUGCAGCGAUGGCCGCAGCUGCCGCCGCUUCACAAGGUGGCCCACCAGGAGCUUUUGGUCUACCGUUAAACUUCGGGUCUAAUAGUCUAUCAGGGUCUUCACCAAUGGAUGCGCAUAAUUUAAUGGCUACAAUGGCUAGUUUUGCUGCUGCCCAGUCUGUUGCAGCAGUAGGCAUGAAUCCAGAUAUGCAUGAUGGACUUAAUUCAGGCCUUCCUUUAUCGUCUGGACUUUUCGGUGGUUUACAUCCAGAUAUAUCUGGUUUUGGUUCAAAUAAUCUAUUACCUCCAUCAUCAUCGUCUAUAUCAUCAACAUUUCCUAACCCAGGUUCUGUUUUACCACCAUCAAAAAGUUCAACACCUGUACCCAGUGUUAAUUCUUGUCCAAGUCGCCAACGUACGAAUUCUCGAUCUCCAGGUUUGCUUGAUGUACAUUCAAAUGCACCGCCAGAUGAGAAACGUCGUAAAACUGAAAGACCCACCUCCGGAGACAAAUGUAACGCGGUUGGUAAUAGUUCUUUGGAAGAAAACGGAUUGGUUCGUGUUAAAAGCUCAAAUUCUUCCGGUCGACGUACUCCAUCAACAAAGCAUAAUGGUAAUAAUAGUAGCAGUAAUGGUGCACCGAAUUCUUCUGUUUACAAAAACCAUUCUUCUGGUAACGGCAUAACUCUAUCACAUCCUGAGAGUAAUAAUCACAAUCAUAAUUCCACCACGAAUAACAAUACCCAACGAGAUCAUUCACUUGAAUUAGAUCAAAAAGAAUUUGAUGAAAAUCCACCGCCACUUUUGAGUAGUGGUUCUGGUAGUGGUACACCAAGUUGUACUACAUCACCACAAAAUCAACAAUCGCAUACAACUUGCACUGAUCCCCCACCUCCUCCUGUUCCUCCUUCGACUGGGACAUUUCAUAAUAAACAACAUACUACUACAUCCAAUGUUAAAUCAUCGUUAUCACCUGUAGUUGCUAGCACUACCAACGUAUCGAAUUCAUGCAGAAUAGGUUCAAUUUCUUCUUUGGCAGGAGGUGAAUUAUCAGUACCUAGUCCUUUAUCUUCAAUGGGUGCUGGUGGUGGUGUCAAUAUACCUGGUGUCGGUGCUGUUUCUCUUUCUCCGCCCCAUCUUACUUCUGACGCAUUAACACCAAAUACUGAUGGCCAUUCAGUUUCGUCUACACAACAAAAUCCUUCUUCAGUACCAUUAUCAACAACAACAACAUCGUCGGCAUCGGCGAUGAUGUUUGAUACAAAUUUUGGUAGUUCUGGAAUGAGUGGAAUUUCGAAUAUUGGCAGACCACCAUAUUCAUUUCUUCGUUUGGAUAACCAAUCACCAACUCCUGUACCAUUCACUCCAGAUGCUUUCUUUGGUCCAGGUAUUCCACAUCAAGCAAAAGCGAUACAUUGUUUGGAUCACGGAGAAGUUGUCUGUGCUGUUACAAUUAACAAUGCUACACAUCAGAUUUAUACUGGAGGUAAAGGCACUGUUAAACUAUGGGAUUUAAAUUCAACUACAUCUAAUCAAUCUCCGAAUUGCGGUGGAAGUUCAGGUCAAUCAAUCAUCACUAAUAAAACGUGUAUAACAAGUCUUGAGUGUUUACAAAGAGAUAAAUACAUACGAUCAAUUAAAUUAACUCAAGAUGGAAGAACAUUAGUGGUAGGUGGUGAAUCUAGUAUAUUAAGUAUAUGGGAUUUGGGUCAAGCUAGUCCUCAUCCAAAAAGUGAACUUACAUUUACAGCGCCAGCAUGUUAUGCUUUGGCUGUAUCGCCUGAUAGUAAAUUAUGCUUCAGCUGCUGUUCAAAUGGAAAUAUUGGUGUUUGGGAUAUACAUAACCGUAUUUUAGUUCGUCAGUAUCAAGGGCAUGCUGAAGGAGCAUCGUGUGUCGAUAUCCGUCCAGAUGGAACACGCUUGUGGAGUGGAGGCUUAGAUAAAACUGUACGUUGUUGGGACUUACGGGAGCAUUGCCAAAUAAGUCAAGUUGAUUUGUCAGCUCAAAUAUUUUCCCUUGGUUAUUGUCCAACGGGAGAUUGGUUAGCUGUUGGAUUGGAAACAGAUCAAGUUGAAGUGUUCGGUCCUGGUCGUCCAGAACGUUAUCAACUAUCGCUGCAUGAAAGUUGUGUUUUGUCUCUUAAAUUUGCUCACAGUGGCUUGUGGUUUGCUUCCACUGGUAAAGACCAUUGUCUAUACGCUUGGAGAACUCCUUAUGGUGCUAACCUCUUUCAGGUCAAAGAAAACUCGUCUGUGUUGAGUUGCGACAUAUCACUAGAUGACAAACUCCUAGUCACUGGGUCUGGUGAUCGUAAAGCUACUGUCUAUGAAAUAAUUUACUAAUUCUAUCUAUGCGCUAGUUGCUUUCCCUUUUUCCUAUGUUGCUUCUUAUGUCCUACUUACUGGUGCUAGUGCGUGUAUGUAUAUUUAUAUGUGCUAUUCUGUGUAUGACGCUAAUGGUAACAGAACACCGACACACGCACACAUUAAAUAACAGCAUUAGUAGUUCAAAAAACCAUACAACAACAAUAACAACAAACGAGUCAGUAUUUUCUAGUCAAUCAAACGUAAACGUUAAUAUUCACAUACAUAUAUUAUACUGUUUUAUGUCAUAUCACAUUGAUGUUGUUUUUGAUGCUACGAAGAAAAAAUAAUCAUAAUUUACGAAGUCAAUAUCGUUUCUACUUGCAAUUUGUUCUCCUUUCAAUACAUACAUUUGCUUACCUAUCUACCACCCUUCAAAAUCACUUUCCUCGUGCAUUUUAUAUCACUUUUUCUCUUCUAAUUCUCAUCUCGAUUGUGUAUUAUAUCUUUGUUUUGGUUCCGUUUUUUUCUGUGCUGUUCAGAAUUUUGGUAAGAAAGCAAGCAAGUCGACAUACAUCUCCACAUCAAUAUGCACAUUACUCUUUUGAUGUGAUCAUUCAAAGCUUUUUCUUCUGUUCACUAACAAAUUGUUCUACGUUGUAUAAAACUACAUUUAUUAUUAUUAUUAUUAUUAUUAUUGUUAUUAUUAUUAUUAUCAUUAUUAUUAUUAUGUAGCGUAUAUACACAUAUUACCAGGAAAAUUGAUCGGCAAGAACGAACAACAAACAACCAAAGUUGUUUCUUUGUUACUUUUCCUUCUUUCUCCAUUUGCCUUUCUUUCCCUUUGUGUCAUUGUUAUAAUUUUUUUCUCAGGUUCAUGUAUCCAACUUGUUUUUAUCGCCUAUAUUACAUAGGCUUGAAGAGAGAGAAUGAAUGGAAUACACGUUAGUUCGAAAUUUGUGUAACUUUUUGAUUCAAGUUUGUUGACUUGUUCUUACGUGUCAUUACUUUUCUUAGCUGUGUUGUAAUGGUUGUUAUCGUCGCCAUCCCCUCUACCGCUACUGUUUAGUUGUACGUUGUGAAUAUAUAUAUAUAUAUAUAUAUAUAUAUAUAUAUAUAUAUAUAUAUAUAUGCAUACACUCACUGAUAGUGUUUGUUUAAUAGCGUUAUACUUUUAUCGCUGUCUUUGCUUUGUUUUGCUAUUUCUCUUUUAAUCUUCCAGUUGAAAUUCUAAAAAAAAUUAUCAGUUUUCCUGUUUCUUCCGUUUUGUUUUAAUAACGUUCCCUUA